AUGGGUCUGGUUCGGACCGGUUUCCUGCGGUUCAGAAUUGGAGACCAGCUGGCGCGUUCUGAUUGGCUGUUCGUGGAUAACCUGGUUCAUGCGCAGUGUCUGGCAUUCGUUGGCCUUAUUCCGGACGGAUCCAGCAGCGGUGCUUGCAGAGGGGUUGGCAGUGGUGGGGUUGGGGAUGUAAAUGGGACGGGAAAGGGCGAGAAGGAUAGGAGUUGUGAGGAUGGAAGCUGCAAGUCUGCCGGGCAGGCUUACUUCAUAACUGAUGAUGCCCCAGUGAACGCCUUUGACUUUCUCAAGCCACUUAUAGCGGCAUUCGGGGGAACCCAGCCAUACAUCCACCUCUCACUGACCUCAGCCCUGUCGCUUGGCUGGUUCACUGAGGCUAUUUACCGCCUUCUCUGCCCGCUGUUACGCGCUAACUGGUUACCACAACCGCUGAUUCUUCUACCAGCCGAAGUUCAUCAG